AAGCAGUAUUAUUAUUUAUGGAUCCUGGUGAGCCUCGGUGCGAUGCUGGAGCUGAGCGACGUAGGCCGGAGGUCCGCCAAGGGAAGCCCGCUCGUUCAGGCCAGUUCCGUCAUUGGCGAUGAGAAUGGUCCGCUGUUCGAAGUCCAAACAUCCGAAGGCCUGGACGUAUCGCUCCCGUGCGAUCUGCUGCCGUCCACGAUGACGAUGACGACCGACAAGGUGACCCUGGUCAUCUGGUACAAGGAAGGCAACAGCAAGCCAAUUUACUCGGUUGACGCCCGGGGCAAGCCAAUCCAGUACGCGAAUCACUGGUCCGACAAGACGGUCUUCCUAAACUCGUCGGUGUACUUCUAUCACGAAACAAACCCGCCGGCGCUCCGGAUAAGGAACAUCACACAUCACCUAGCCGGACUGUACAGAUGCCGGGUGGAUUUUCAAAAGUCGCCAACGAAGAACUGCCGGAUAGAUCUGGACGUACUCGUUCCUCCAUCCAGGGUGACCAUCCUGGACGAGCGGGGAGCAGCAGUUCUGGACAGCAUGGUCGGCCCCUACCAGGAACACGCCGAUAUCAAUUUGACCUGCGUGUCCAGCGGGGGCAUCCCGACGCCAAAGGUGACCUGGUGGAAGGAGCACGCCCUGCUGGACGACUCCUUCAUGAUCCUCCCGGACGGGACGGUUAAGAACGUCCUCUACCUGGAGAAACUGACCCGCAGUGAUCUACACUCGGUCUACACGUGCCAAGCCAGUAACGGGCAUCUGGUGCCACCACUGUCCAGCAAUGUUAAAUUAGUACUAAAUUUACCACCGCUGUUCAUCUCCAUGCAGGGCCUGCGGGAAACGCUGUCGGCCGGGAUCAAGACGCAAGUAUCCUGCCUCACCGCAGGCAGCCGGCCAUCGCCCAGUAUCGUGUGGACCAAAGGCGCUUCCACUAUCCGGGGCUCGUCGCAAACGACAACCAACGAUGGCAACGUGACCACGUCGGAGCUGGUGUUCGUGCCCGGACCGGAAGAUAAUGAAAAAUCAAUUACAUGCUCAAUUGACUACAGCGAACCCGGAAAACCGAUCAUCCGUCUCAAAGACUCCCAUGUGCUCGACAUCAGGCAUGUACCGGUGAUUUCACUGUCGCUCGGGGCACCGCUCGACUCGCAGAACCUGAUGGAGGGAUCGGACGUGUACCUGGAGUGCGACAUCAAAGCGAAUCCGCCGGCCAAGAAGAUCGAAUGGUUUCACAAUAACAAACUGCUACAAUCAGCACGCGGCGUAAUCAUCUCCAAUCAGACGCUGGUGCUGCAGAGCAUCACGAAGGCGACCCACGGGGAAUACAUGUGCAAGGCGGCCAACACGCUCGGGACUGUCCCGAGCAAUCAACUCUAUUUGGAUAUCAAAUAUCCACCGGUUUGCAAAUCAGAAGCACAAAUAAUACGUGCCGCUGUUAAGCAAACAGUUAACAUCACUUGCGAUAUCGACGCUAAUCCGAUGCACAACCUACUCUUCCGGUGGCAGUUUAAUAACUCACUGGAAAGCAUGCUGGAGCUGCCGCCGUACACGAACGUCGAAUUCGUCGAACCACUCCAGCAGCAGCACCAACAUCAGCUCGGGCUGGACCACAGCUCGGCAGCAUCAUCCUCAUCCUCAUCCUCAUCAUCAUCAUCGUCGUCGUCGUCGUCGUUAUCCCACGGGGACCAUCUCCAUCACCACCACCGCCUAUUGCCAUCGUCGCAGUCAUCGCAGUCAUCCCCGUCCGGCAGUAGCCACAAUCUCCUAGUUGGGCCGAAUCAGAAGCUAACGAUGCGGAGGAAGCCCGAACCGCCGAAGCCGGACCUCAUCGACGGCCAGCUGUACCUGUACCGGAUCGAAUCGUUCACCAACUUUGGUACGAUCACCUGCACGGCUACCAACACGUACGGCCAGAGUGGCCACUGCCUCUAUCAUAUUCUGGUGGCAGACGUACCUGAUCCAAUUAAAAGUUGCACAAUAUCAAAUGUGACCGCUUACACGGUACAUGUGUCAUGCAUCGCCGGCAAGGACGGAGGCAUUCCGCAGCAGUUCCAUGUUGACAUUUUCGACGAACAAACGAAGAAGCUCCUGUUCAGCAUCACUUUCCACGGCUCAGAGAUGCUGCUAAAGAAGCUUCCGAGCGAUACCAGGUUCAUCAUCAAGAUCACACCAUUCAAUCUUCAGGGAACGGCGCCCACCAGCUACCGCGUCAAGGCUCAGACACUGCCUGCUCCAUUGCUCCGGACAGCACCCUCGAAGGCGGUACUGGUUCAGCUUACGCCACUGCUGGGAGCACUGGUGGGGGCCGCCGUGACGCUCUUCCUCGUCGCCAUUUGCGUCAUCAUUUUCGUCAAGUUUAAAACGAAGAAGAAACAUCACCCGGCUGCUACGACCGAGCAGGACAAAGGCAGUGCCGAGCCACUGAGUCGAAACAUCGGAAGUCACUCGAGCAUCGACGACAAGAAUCCGGACGUGAUACCACACGAGAACAGCGAGGACGACGAUGAGAAGCAGUUCGAGCGGCUAGCAUUGGAUGCGGAGCGGUUGAAAUUUACGCAACCUCCGCUACCACUGGUGGUAAACUAUUCACCGACUCACCUGUCACCCACCGGAAACGGUCUGAAAAAGUUCGGUGAACUUUCCCUCACAACCAAUCCGAGCUAUGCGAUCUACAACUCCCCGGUUCGGAGUGCGUACGGUAGCACUAAUCCAUCGGGAACGACGACGACCGUGCUGCCAGCGCGGACAACGUCCCCGAACAUCUACACAAGACUGCCUUUGCGGGACUUUACGCCCAACACGUACGAUAGCAUGCUCAGUACGUCCCAGGCGACGCCCAGCGGCUUCGCGACGUCCCAAAUCUACACCGCCAAAAUGCCCCUGCUGACGACGAACUACGCCGAGCUGGCAUCGCUGGACAAAUGAUAGCAGUAAGGUAGGCGGCGGUCACAACACUAACGGCUUCCAUGACAACCGUUGUUCUACACUUGGAAGAACCCAAACAAGUCCACAAAACAGUCAAUUUUCAUAAACAAUGAAAGCUUCCAACUCCGCACUGGAAGCUGCUUGCCAUCGUCGUCACACCGUGGUUCAUCCCGAUCAACUAGUUAGGAAUUACCCUAGGUAAGCUAUUACAAAACUGACCGAUAGUCUAAUGAAAACAAAUCAAUCGUGUGUACAUAUGAACAAAAUCCAACCAAGAUUUUUUUUUGUACGUGUAGCCUGUAAGCUUAGCUAAAUUAUUGUUAAACAAGUGAAAGGAAAAACGAAUUUCAACACACGUUUAGGGAACACCCAGGAUGAGAUGAAAAUUGUUGAACAAUUUUACUGAUUUUAUCCACUACCCCUUCCCUUUCCAUCCAUCAACACAACCACAUGUUUCAACUUUUGGUUCGACUACUGGCGAUACCCAGACCGAUAGUGUGACAAGAGCGGCCAUAAAAUGAAAUACUUGUGCAAACACAGACGCUGGAAUGUCUUUUUUCUCUCUCUCCAUUAUCAUACACAUGUGCGCUUUCAUCGUUCGUUAUCAACGCCUACCUAGUUUAAGUCAACAGAAAAAAAAGUGUAUAGAAGAAUCCUUUAUUUACAUAUAGGCAUCUAGGAAGGCCGCGCAGACAUAGGGACUGACACUAGGUGAAAGGGGGAAAGCAGUGUGAGCAAAGAGCGGGCGUCUUACCCCUGCGCCUGCUACGAUCGAUUUCUUUUUGUGAUGUGAUAUCGAAAAAUGAGAGUUUAAUAUCGCUUGAACAAGUCAGUCAAAGGAAGAGACCAGAUACUAACAUACAAGAUAAAGCGCCUGUAGGUGUUGACAUUCGUGGUUGGUUGUUUUCGGUUUAUUUGCCAUAUCGCUUUCGGUCAACGGUACUACUACAGUAUGUAGGGAUACUUUUGGGUGGAUACAGUGGUGGUCACGUGGUUGGGACAGGUUUGGGACUAUCACGGGAAAUGAUUGAAAUACUUCGGAAAGGUAACUGAGGGGCUGUUCAUAAGCCACGUAGGGUUUGGUGACGUUUAGCGAGUGUCCAUGCAAAUUUCCAAAAAUUGGUAUGCAUGAUUGCCUACGUUGAGAAAUACCCUGCAUAGUUUGUGGACAACCCCUAAAAGCAUUCAAAAUGAGACUAUAUGUAUGUGAAUGAUGGAAUUCAAUGACUUUCGCCAAAACCUUCUCGGUUAGGAACCCAUGUUCGGUUUAAAUACUAACUUCCCUUCGAUCGAGGAUGAACGAUGGCCCUUAAUAUGAGUGUCACUUCACGGUUUAAGCACGGUUUACCGUGUAAAUCAAAUGGGAAUCAAUUCACCGAUAAGUUCGACAUCG